AUGAAGUCUGAACUCAUCCUCGGCACUCUUGCCUCUCUCGCCGUCGCAUCGGCCGCCUCGCCGCUCGUUACUCGCACCGAUCGCAUCACCCUGACGGGCGACCAGCUCAAGGGCUUCCGCGACCUGUUCAACGGUGGCAAAACAAUCGGACCUCUGGCUGCGAAUCAAUCCAUCAACUGCCAGAUUACCUAUGCCCUUGCCCUUAGCCCCAGUGCACCAUGGACCAUCACUCUGUCCAGCCUGGACCUCAGUUCCUGCACCUUCACCCCGGCCCCGUAA